AUUGCAUGCUGGGAUUGUUCAAGGUCAAAAUGGCAGCUGUAAAAUUUGCACAAUCUCUCAAAGAACUCCGUAUUCAUCUGUGUCAGAGGUCUGCAACGAGCCAAGGAGUAAGGGAUUUUGUUGAGAAGUACUAUGUUGGAGUUAAGCAGGCCAAUCCCAAUUCUCCAAUUCUGAUCAGGGAGUGCAGCAAUAUCCAACCUAAGAUAUAUGCAAGAUAUGAGCUUGGACGUGAGAUGAGCAUGCCUCUCGGUGGACUAUCAGGUGAACAAGUUUUAGAGACAAUCAAAACACUCUCCAGCAAGCAGACCUGAACAUGUAGAACAUAGGCGAUUAUUAAUAUUAGGAUUAUUUGUAAACACUCUCCAGCAAGCAGACCUGAACACAUGGAACAUAGGCGAUUAUUAAUAUUAGGAUUAUUUGUAAUUUGAUACCAUAGCAACAUGGUGUUUAUUGUUUAUGAGUGGAUACUGUAUUAUGAUUAAUGUUUAUAAUAGGAACUUGGAUUUGUUGCCAAAUUAUACGACAUAUACUUCAUAAAGGGUGAAGUGGACUAGUAUAACAACUUUGAAUUAAAUUUGAAUUGAUCUGGUUGCUUUUUCGAAAGACAUAAUAUAAAAGGAAAUUCACAUUUAGCCUUGGAAAUUGUUUUAUUUAUUGUAACAUUAUAUACUAUAGCUAUAG